AAUCUAGUCUGAGCUGGACUUUAAAGGACGGAGGAGAGUCGCUGUUGGACUCUAUUGAGGGUAAACUCGUCUUCACUUCUUGCUUCUGCUUCUUUUUUUGGAAUACAAGCCUUUCGCCUAUAAUCUGACAAGAUGCUGAUCCUUCUGCUCGGAAUCAUCUUCCUGCACAUUUCUGCUSUCGUUCUCCUGUUUGUGUCAACAACUGUCAGUGUGUGGACAACAGGGGCAAUGGGAAACUCAGACCUUUGGCUGAACUGUUCUACGGGCAGCGUAGCCUGYGACGGAGCAUCAACUGGAGUGUGGAUUCAGGUGGUCCAAGCUCUCAUGAUCCUCUCCAUCAUCUUCAGCUUCCUCUCUCUGUUACUCUUCUUCUGCCAGCUCUUCACUUUGCCGAAGGGCGGACGAUUUAUUCCCACUGGAAUCUUCCAGAUCCUGGCUAGUAAGUUUGGAUCUAUGUAAUCCUUUAAAAAAAAUAAAAAUCCCUUCAUAACAACACUAAAAUCAGUACUCUGGAUGAAAAAAACUAUGAAAAUAGUUUAUUUUACGGAAAGAUCAUUAAACAUGCAAUAAGUGUUACAAUAGAAUGAUUUAGUCUGAUGCAUAUUAAUGUGUUAAAAUUAUGCUUAUGCUUAGCACACUGACUAUGAAAAUGAUAUUUAGAACUUUAUUUGUAAACAAACAUGAAAACAAUUUGUCUCUUUCGUUCCACUUCAAAAUUAUGUAUUCCUUUGUGUGGGUCCGUUUCAAGAACUUGUAAAAUAAAUGUACGUUUAUGGUUGUAAUGUCGCAAAAUGUGGAAAAGAUUAGGGAUAGUUAUCUUUUUUGCAAUCCACUCUUAGUGUUGGGGGUCUUGUAGUGGGAAAAAAAAGCAUAAGUUUUAUUACAGUCAAGAAAAUGCAAUAUUUCACUUCCUUCAUACAAAUGGAAAACAUAGCAGCACUUCAGUAGAAAGUGCAUGACUAUAAAAAAAAUUCGCCUACAAACACAGAGAAAGAGAGAGAGAGAGAGAGAGAAUGCUCCGUUUAUUAUAAUCUAUUUUCAGAGAAUCAAAUUAAGACCCUGAGCCAGUUUCUAAUGGUUUUCAUGCACCACUUGUCUUUUGUACUCCAUGCCCUUUGGACAAAGCAGCUCCACCACCACUUUGUUGUGUUGUCUCUUGGCAGCUCUGUUUGCAAAAUGCCACUUUCCCACCACCCCCUUUUAUAACAUACC